GGACGGUGUUUCGAAGCUUCACCAGCGCACGUUUCAUAGCGGCGAGGGUGGUGGAGCCGUAGCUAGUAGCGUGGUGGGCGCGGCGGCUAACGAGUGGCGGUGAAGGAACAAUGGCCUGCUUCAGCGUGUGGUGGAGCGUCGCCCUGCUGGGAGUGUGGCACUGUUCCCAGGCGGCGCGGGGUGCCCAUCUGCCCCUAAACACUUCAGCAGAGGACAAGCCACCGUUUCCCUUCGAUCUCAGCUCCAUCGGGGAGACGGAGAACAACCGCUUGGAGUUCUUGCAGGAGUUGUUCGAGCUGUCAAUGAAAGCUGAGGAAUCUGGGAAUGACAUUGAAACGAAGCUGGCGAAACGGAAGAGUGUUGAGGAGGCCAGCAGCGAGGCACGAGGGAAGAAGACCAGCACCACCACAACCACCACCACAACUACUCAGCCACUAACAGCAGCAGUUACAGAGAAGGCGGAGGCAGGCACGGACAGACCAAGCCUUCAGGAGUACACGAAGCAAGAGAUGAUCACAUUGGUUCACGAGGGGCGGCGCGGCAACGGGAGUGUGAUGGCCGGCUGCCCCAUCCCUCACCUGUCCAUAAAGACUCGGUGCUUCGCCAACGUGAUGGAAGUGACGGUCGCCUCCCGCAUGAACCUCUUAGGACAGCUGAUCAUGGAGGGCGGCGACGGCAGGGCGGAGAUUAAAGGAGCUUUCCUGGUGGCCUUCGCUGUGGUGGGCGGGGCGGGCAAGAGAGGGCGCCUAACUACCCGCCUGCUCAGGACUGACGUGCACACAAACUGUGAUUACUGCGACCACCUGGUGACGCAGCUGUAUCUCAAGGUUGGGGAGGUGAAGUGUUUCCUGACGGGGGAAUGCCCAGCCCAGCCAAGUUUGCCAGAGUCCCUCCCCAGCCUGCCCGAUCCUGUCUACUUCCCCGCCACCACCGCAGCGGGCACAGUUACACAGGACCCCACCACCACGGCCAAGACCACCAUGACACUGCUUGAAGGUUCCUCAGGGCUGGAGGGCGUGGAAGUGAGCGGCGCUGUUCCCCUGGGCACCAAGCUGAGUCUGGUGGUGAGCGCCUACAGCCGAGACCUGCCCCUGGACCUCCACCUGGCCAAGUGCGAGGCGCGGGACGAGGAGGGCCGCGUGGUGGUGCUCCUCAAGGACGGGUGCAGCGUGUCUCAGGUGCUGGAGGACUUCCGCGAGGUGGUGGAGGCUGCCGGGGAGCCUGGCAUGCGGCGCGUCAGUCAGUACGCUAGGCUGCGAGUCUUCAAUACCAGGGCGGCGCCGCAGGACAUCACCCUGCUUUGUAUUCUCAAGGUGUGCAGCGGGGAGUGUGCGGAGCGCCCCGCCUGCGUGCAUUCAGACAUCAACCUGGGCAGGAGCAAGAGGCCCAUCGCGUCCCUGUACUCUCGCCAGGUGACCCUCGCCAAGGUGUUCCGCGUGGCAGGCUUUCCCGUCAACAGGCCGAGUGCCCCGCCUGUCCUCAGCUCAAAAUCACCAGGAGAGAAAACGGAAUGCGACUGUUCGCACUUGGCGGCGGCGGGCAGCUCGCGGGGCUGCCUGUCCUACCAGAUGGUGUACCUGGUGCUGGGCCUGUCCACCGCCUUCUACCUCCUGGUGGCGCUGUGCGUGUACUUCUUCCUGCGGCGCCCCAGCCCCUACGCCCUGCAGAAGGGUUACAUGGAGGACACGGAGUCGCCGCCCCGCGCCCUCUACCAGGAGUACAGUUCCACCCGAAGGCGCUCCCCGCAGUCCUCCCCGGAAUACUCUGUGAAUAUGUCGCCGCAAAGCCGCCAGUCUCCUCACUCUCAGUCCCCGCACGCCCGUCAGUCGCCUCAUUAUAACUAGUCCGCAACACCUUGAGCCAGCCACCACAGCGCCGCCGAACCUAACAGCCUCGCACCGUCAGUCGCCGCCAUUCAGGAAUAUUAAAUCUCGCACUCAAAAGGAAUACAAGUAAUUAUUGUGAUAAAUUUUACCUGUUUUAUGCUUGUGUGUCCUUAUUGGUGUAAAUCAAGGCUGUAAACAAACUGUCCUCAACGCUGUAUAUAAUCAUGGUGAGCCUGUUGGUGAUGCCGUCGGUCGCAUUAGGCCAGGUGGUGUCAGGCGUUUCAGACGAGGCAAAGGGAGGCGUGGGUAGCUGAACCGGCUCGUUGAGGAGUAAUGAUUGGUAACUCCUCUUAAAAUGUGGCGAUUUAUUGGCGAUUAACUAACUGCCAAAUAUUCUUGUACCUGUAUAGUUUUUACUUGUUAUAUUUCGUUGUUCUUUUACUGUUGAUAUAUUGUGUGGAGUUGUAUGAGUUUUUUUUACGCUAAAGGAAUAUAUACUUAUUAUUAUUACCAUAAUUUGUUACAUACAUACAUAGAAUACUGUAAUAAUCGAUCUAUUGGAAUAAUAAUUGAAAGGCGUUGUAUCACAUGUACAUAAGCUUUCUAAUUACAAGUGUGCUGUUUUGUGACAACCGUGA